AUGAGCGAUAAGAACGAGACUUGGGUCCCCAACUAUGAAAACUGCGACGAAGUCUCUACCCGCUGUCCUGUAGAAUACACCAUCUACGGAGACUAUCUCUCAGAGGGAGCUUCGGCCUUCUUCGCGAUUGCAUUCGCACUUCUCUUCAUCGCACAAGUCUUCCAAGGCUUCCGUGCAAGAACAUGGUCAUACAUGCUCUGGUUAGGCAUCGGCACAGCUUUUGAAACCCUAGGGCAUCUCGCUCGCUAUGGCCUGGCAAAAGACCCUUGGGAAGAUAACUACUUUCUUGUUUCAUACCUGACUCUCCUCCUGGCCCCUACGCUUGCCGCCGCUGCUAUCUCGGUCACUUUCAAGCACUUGGUCAUUUGGUACGGGGCAAAGUGGUCGCUUCUCAAGCCGAAGUUGUACCCCCUUGUUUUUGUCGGCACAGAUUUCAUCUCCAUCUUCGUGCAGGUCAUAGGCGGUGGUUUGGUGGCAAUGUUUGCCAUGGGCAACGGCUCCAAGACCACAAAGACGAUAGGAGAGGUUUUGGUGAUUGGAGGUGUUGCCUUCCAGGUCGCCAAUAUGUUAUGCUGUGGUUCUCUUAUGUUGUUUUACGCUCGACGCCGCACGCAGGCGAUGAAGAGUAGCGAUUCCCUAAUCGGAAGUACUCCUCCUCAGUACUCAACCAGUUUGCCAGAUCGUGGCCGAGUCCCUAUCUCUCGCGAAGAGGCUACGCGUCAGGAAGCCAAAAAGACAGGUUAUUUUGUAUACGCUUUGGGCGUUGCAUAUGUUUGCAUUAUAGUCCGCUGUAUCUAUCGUAUCACCGAGACGAUCCCAGAGAUUCAGAAAGACGUGCUCCGUAACGAGCCGCUCUUCCUCGCGAUGGACGCAGCGAUGAUGCUUGUUUCGAUCGCAGCCGUUACUGUUUUGCAUCCCUGUUAUUUCUUCCCUUACUUGGGUCUCAAGAAGAACAAGAAGAACCAGGGAAAGGCUUAUGAACGAUUCCAAAUGGAGAACUCUACUCUGAGUGAACAGCCGCAGCAGCAAGAGCGUGUCUAA